UCUGAAAGAGAUAUAAAGAGAGAGAUUAGGGGAGGCGUAGCAUCUUUAAAUUCCAUUUCAUUUCUAUCUUUUGUCUUCAAAAAAAUGCAUCUCCUUGAAUUAUCUGCUUUUCAAAAUCAAGAAGCUCACUCCGAGGAAGAUUUUCGCUUUGAGAAUUCACUCAAGGAACUCAGAGAUUUGCGCUCUCAGCUUCAUUAUGCUGCUGAUUACUGCGAAACAACAUUCUUGAAAGUCAAGGAGACAAAAGAUGCUGUCGAAAACACAAAAGAAUACAUAUGCAGGGCUCUGGUUACUGUUGUUGACCAUCUGGGAAGCGUCUCUUCUAAUCUUGAACACUGCAUUUCUGAUACCAAUGAUUUUGCUGAGGCAGAGCUUCGAAUCAGUACCCUUAAACAAAGACUUCUUUCAUGCGAACAAUACGCUCACAAGCUUGCUCUAAACAAAGUAAGAUGGAAUCCAGCUUUGCCAAACUAUCACCGGCGUUAUUUAUCAGCUCCAAUCACAAAUGUUGUGAAAUCAAAUGAAGACUCCAGAGACCUCAAGUUUCCAAGGGCAGCAAAAGUAACAUUUAAGCAAGAAUCUGACAUUAAGGAAGUGCCACUUUUCAUUCACACGUACACUGACAAGUUAUCACCAGUUACGAAUCCACCAACAAAAACCGCAACGGAGAACUCUGAUCCUAACACUGCUUUAGUGUUGCCUGUUCGAGAUGGCUUCUCAAUACUGUCAAAAGGUCCAAAUCCUACCUUCCACUUCCAGCUGGGCUCUCCCAAGUAUGGACGCAAGAGUUUACACAGGAAAUCAUCGCAGAGUGCUGAAAUUAUGUCCCUCAUUCGGCGAAUUAAACGAACCGUAUAAAUUAUUCCAUCUUUUGCCGUUUAGUUUAUGGUUUUCCAUGUACAGAAAUUUAGAUUGAAUUUCAAAUGAUUUUGUUUCCUCGUCAGUUGUCGCCUAACGGUGAUUAUCCUUGUGUAAUAUCGCUUAGGGUCCGUUUGGUUCGGGGAAUAUUAAAUUACUAUAAAUAUUAAAUUA